GGUCCACCAUAACACAAGCUAAGACUUUUAGAGGAUUGCAAGGACACCUUUAGCUACACGAUGAACUCUUUUUUGGCAUUGAUACUCUUUGCCUCUUUCUUUGUUGGCCUUCAUGCCAAUAAUCUUAAUGAUUACCUUUUUGAUGUUGAAGCAGACGAUGAGAUUCCUGAUCGACACCCAAUUGCGCAAUGCAGCAUCGAUUUGUAUGACUGCAUCAGACUUGGAAACACGACCAAACUCGAAUGUUUAAAAGAUUACAAAACCUGCAUGUCCGCGCUGAUACCAACAGCCCCGCCACCAUUUUUGCAAUGUAAAAUCGAUCUAUGGAAUUGUUUCAAAGAGGGAAACAAAGAUAACAUCGAAUGUCUCAAAGAUUAUAAAACCUGCAUUUCUGCGCUGAUGCCGACAGUACCUCCAUUUGUGGAAACCUGUUUUAACAACGCCACACAGUGUGUGAAAGAUAAAAAUACCUUAGCAAUGAAACUAAGGUGUCUUAAGGACCUUCUCUUGUGUAUCAAAAACGGAAAGCCCGAAAAAGUUGCUUUCGAUGCGAUCGAAGAAAUGGGACAGAUGGAAGACUCGAACGGUUUCCCGGCUUGAGAGUGCUUUGGCGAGGCUAAGGAGUGUUUUGGUGGUGCUCGGACUCUUAUAGAAAGGCUCAGCUGCGCUAAACAGCUCCGAAAAUGUCUCAAAAAUGGUGCGGCAACCACUUCUCUACCAUUACCAACGGAAGAAUGAUUUGAAUAGUGCUGGAAGUAGUGUUUUUAGAUGUGCCUAACUAGAAUAGAAAUACAAGAACAUUCGAAAUA